AUAUUCCGCAGCCAAUCCUAUGUCAUGCAAUACCCAUUUGUCAUUUCUCUGUCUUGUAUUUCCUAGCCUUAAGAAGAGGUGAGAGAAGGGAAGUGAGCUAUUCCUGCUGCCCAUGAUGAACAACCAGCCUGAUCAUAACUAUCAGGGAGAUAUGAUGAGCAACUAUCCAUAUUCAUCAGGCGCCACUGUCACAACUGAGCUAAUUCAGAAGUAUCUGGAAGAAAACAGAAAGCUGAUAGUGGCGAUUUUGGACAAUCAGAGCCUGGGCAGGCUACAAGAAUGCGCCACGUAUCAAGCAAGAUUGCAGAAUAAUCUCCUGUAUUUGGCGGCAAUUGCAGAUGCACAGUCUCAACCAGUUUGUCCGACUCUUCCGGGGAGAACAAGUCCAAUGCUGCAACAUGGCCAAUUACAGUAUGUCCAACCUCAAAAUCAUCUGCAGCAACAACAGAUAGUGAACCAGUCUAUCUUAGGGAAGGACAUCACACAUCCUUCUAACCUGCAGCCAAUGCAUGGCAUUCCUCAACAACAGCAGCAAUUUUUCUUUCAUGCUUCUCCUUCUUCUGUAUAUAAUCCCAAUAUCCAGUUCAAUAUGCCCCUUGGUUCAGAGAUGGGUGGUGGUUUAAACUCUUCUGGAAGUAUCCACGAUUUCUCCAAUGGCCUCACAAGCAGCACUACUGUGCAGGGCAACAUGGUUCUGGAUCCCAAUACUUCUGAUCAUGGUGAUCCAAAUACGACAAGAGAAGGUGCUUCUGGAUCAGGUCAAGGUGCUCAGGAUUCUGAUACAUAUCUCACUCUUCCUGAAGAUGGAAAUUGAUUGUUGUGGUUCUUGAGUGGUCUUAAAACACAAAUCUCCUGGUCGUCAUUGAUCAGUGAUAAUUGAAAUGAACAUGAAUUUAUAUUUGUAUGUCAAUAAUAGAAAGAAACAGACAGAUUUUGCCAAAGUAUAUUUAAAAUUAGGUCUGUGGAUACAUCAUAUGUUAACUAUUACAGAGAAAAAACUGCAAUGUGCUCAAAGAGUGUUUUAACAGAUCAAGAUUUAUGAGAAUGUGUUCUAUUUUUUA